CUUCCGAAUCUCCGGCAGAAUCAUCAAUCUCAUGAUUCCGACCCAAACUUGAGCAGACGGGAUAGAGGAAAGUGGCAUUGAAGCCAACAUGGGCCCCGCCACAGAACUAGGCACCACUACCUUAAAUGUUGAGAAUAGGAAGAGACGAAGGGUCAGCAAAGCAUGUGAGAGCUGUCGCAUGAAGAAAAUUUCAUGCUCAGUUACAAAGCCCUGCAUAAGGUGCUGUGAGGACACCAUCGUUUGCGUAUAUGACGUCCUUGAUGGAAGAAAGACGAGAGCAAAAACGAGGCAGCCGAAUUCUCCAAGACAAUCAACCACCAAUACUGCUGUCUCUGUGGGAAUAGAGCUUGAAAAAGCAUCUACAUCAAACGGUAGUAGUUCAAGUACCAAAGCUGUCUAUGACAGCGGAGAUCAUUAUGUCGGAGCUGCCUCGGGGCUAUCUUUCUUACAGCAGGCUGUACAACAUAUCGAGAGUCAGAAAGGUUCGAACGAUGCUGUCGGCAGUGCCGUAGAUGUCGAGUACGCAAGCCCGGCUUCAGCUUCAAUUUUCAACAGUGGGGAUAUGCCAUCUCUGUCGCGACCCACCGACAGAUUUGUGAUGCCAAGUAAGGACGAAUCAGAUCGCAUGCUGGCACGAUACUUUGAAUUUGCCACUCCUACCUAUCGUUUCUUUCAUCGGCCAACUGUUGAGAGUUGGGCGUGCCAGCUAUGCUUGCGUCCAGAUACGAGCAAUUCUAAACAAAAAGAAAGUAGGCUUGAGGGUGUGAGAGCGGCGGCUGUAUAUUUGGUGUGGGCGCAGGCGAUUGAAUAUGAAGACAUGACUCAAAGAGGGUCAAAAUCAAGCGCACCUUAUUUCGAGAAGGCAGUCUCAAUUCUCGAAACCGAACCAGGGCCCCCACAACUCGAGAGUGUCCAGGCUCGACUCGCAAUGUGUCUUUAUCUGCUAAGCACGUUCCGUAUCAACGAAUGUUGGUACCGCUUUGGUAUGACAACACUCAUAAUCAUGGCGAUGGGGCUGCAUCGCAAAACCGAAACGUCAAGGAAAGUUGGGCUUGUCGAGCAGGAGUGUCGAAAGCGAGCCUUCUGGAGUUCCUACAUUUUGGAUCGUUAUCUAAGCGUUAUGAAGGGUCGACCACGUAUAUUCCGCGACGAAGAUAUUGAUCAGGAAUAUCCGGUGAAUGUAGAUGACGAUGACAUGGUAUUUACAGACAAAGACUUAAUAGCAGUAUUGCCUUUGAGAGGACUUUUGGAUGCUUCGAUCAACCAUGCAAAGCUAUCUACCAUCAUGGGAAAUGCCACAGAUAUGCUCUAUCCUCUUAGACCUUUGACCCGUGGAGAACUUCAGACGAAAGCGGGCUUGGUUACGAAGCUCCUCGACGAUUGGGAACAAGGUUUACCUCAAUUUUUAAGACCAACACAUAGAACCUUCACUGGGAAACGGAUGUUUGAACGUCAGAAUAGUGUUCUUAAGCUAUCACACGCUCAUAUGCGGAUUUUAAUCAAUCGUCAAUUCCUACUCUCGAAUUUUUCAACGCUGGGCCAGGUAGACAGACCUGACGACGAUGAUUUGGAACAUCAGAAAUAUGUCCGCGACUGUAUCAGUGCAGCGUAUGUCAUAAUCGACACGGUGGAAGGUUUUGUGGAUGAUGGCAAUCUUAUAAAAGGGUUUUGGUUUACACAAUAUAUCGCCCUGUGUGCCAUCUCAACACUCUACAUCUACAUCAUCCACCAUCGCCUUAACCCGAAUUCCUUGGUGUCACCAAGCGGUAAAAGCUAUUUCGCAGCAGCUGGCAAGUGCCGCAAUUACAUCGAGAACCUAGCACCAGAGGGGAGCCAUAGUAAGAGGUAUAAUACGCUGCUGACGCGGUUGAGAAAUAGGGCGAUGCGGUCAAUGGGAGAUGCUGUGGUUGAUUCCGAGGGUGACCGAAUGAGAUAUAAUGCCACCGAAGUUAGUGGAUUGUUGCCGCAUAAUCACCCGAUUGAGCCAGUGUAUAAUGGGAAUUUUUACGGGGAAGGGGGUAAUAACGAGCGUGGUGUAGGAAUGGAGGCAGGCUUUGAGACAGGGGGUCAGGAAGUGGGUAUACAAAUUCCAGAAUACCCAGACUCCGGCUCCGGCCUUAUAAUGGAAAAUGAUACCCUCCAGCUUACUUGGGGAUAUCUCGACCAGUUAGGUUUGCCCGAACACUUUGAUGCCUUUAGCACACAGUAUGAGGAAGACUACUUUUAGAAUAAGCUUAAGAAU